AUGCUUCUUCCUUCUCAACAACACAUCUCUGCUCUCAGGAGGAGGCUGCUGCUUUGUUGCAAUUCAAGACUUCCUUUUCCAUCAAUUCACCUGUUUAUAAUCCUUCUUUAUGUGAGCUUUUUUAUGAUAUUAAAGCAAAUUAUUCUAAGACUGAGUCUUGGAAGGAAGGUAUCGACUGCUGUUCCUGGGAUGGGGUUAGGUGUGAUAAUGUCACAGAGCCUCAAUCUUGCCUUCAAUGAUUUUAGGCUUUCCAAGAUUCCACCAGAAAUCAGUCAGUUUACUAGACUAAAGCAUCUUGAUAUCUCUUCUUCUCGGUUUUCAGGCCAAGUUCCAGCAGAAAUUGCUUACCUCCCCAAGUUAGUUUCUCUCAAUCUCUCUGAUUUGUACACUUUGGGUCCUAAUCCUAAUGCUAUCUAUCCUUCUUCUCAUAAAUUGAUCCUGGAAACAACUACCUUCAGAAAUCUUGUUCACAACUUAAGUGAGGUGAGAGAACUUGUGCUUAGUGGAGUGAACAUGAUAUCUGUUAAUCCUCGUUUCUUCAUGAAUCUCUCUUCUUCUUUGACUACUCUUGAUCUUUUGGACAGUGUGUUAAGAGGAAACUUUCCAAACAGUAUUUUCCGCUUUCCAAAUCUCAAGACAUUGGGUUUAGGUGGAGAGGGAAACCUCACUAUUGAUCUUCCAAGUUCCAAUUGGAGCAGUCCUCUCCAAGAUUUGGAAUUAGAUGUCAUGGAUUGCGGAAGGCGAUUGCCAAAGUCUAUAGGAGAUCUAAAGUCAUUACAGUCUCUAUAUCUUAUCUGCAACUUGGAAGGUUCCAUUCCAGCUUCCAUAGGGAACUUAUCCCAACUUACUUCCCUAUACCUCUAUUAUAACAAUCUUAGCGGACAAAUCCCAUCAUCACUUGCAAAUCUCACACAACUUACCUCUCUUGACCUUUCCAAUAAUCAGUUUUCUGGUCCCAUUCCUUUUCAUGCAAGUAGGUUUUCCAAACUAAGCUCUCUAUACUUAUCUUAUAACUUACUUAAUGGCACGUUGCCACCUUGGCUUUUCACCAUACCUUUUUUAAAGUACUUGCAACUCAAUCAUAACCAAUUUCAAGGUCUAAUAAAUCAAUUCCAGCAAAAAUCACUCAUACAACUAGAUUUGUCAAACAAUAGACUCCAGGGUUCAAUUCCUAACUCAAUUGCUAAUUUAGUAAAUCUUAGUUAUCUUGAUUUAUCAUCAAAUCAUCUCAGUGAUUUAGUAGUAGCUGACAUGUUCUCGGCACUUCAAAAUCUGGAAUCCAUCCGUCUUUCACAAAAUAAUCUUUCUUUGAGAGUCAAUGUCGAUGCCAACUUCACAUUACCCAAACUAACUUAUUUUGACUUGUCUUCUUGUAACUUGAGUAAAUUCCCCAAUUUCUUAAGACAUUCAGAUGCUCUGCAAAGCCUAUUGUUAUCAAAGAGUAACAUUCAUGGCAAUAUUCCUAAAUGGAUAUGGGAAAAGGAUGAUCUCAGAGUUCUUGACCUUUCUCAUAACAAUUUAGGGGGGAAAAUCCCAAAUUGUCUUCCUAAGUCUCUCUCAGUGCUGAAUUUGCAGGGCAAUAACUUUGAUGGAAAUAUACCAUUUUGGUUUACAGAGAGCUGUGAAUUAGAAAAUCUCAAUUUGCAUGGAAAUCAAAUGGACGGGCUAUUACCAAGGUCUUUGGUGAAUUGUAGCAAGUUAGAGGUUCUAGACAUUGGCAACAACAACAUAAAUGAUACAUUCCCUCAUUGGUUGGAAUCUCUACCACAGCUUCAAGUGCUUGUCUUAAGGUCCAACAAGUUCCACGGUUUCGUGGAUAGCACCAAAGAAGUAGCUAUUGGAAAGACUAAAGAAUGGGCUCCGAAACAACAAAGGAAAGGACAAGGCGUUACUUUCCGUAUCUAGUCCUCUGUGGAUGGUAAUCACUCGCAGAUUGUUUUUUGGUCUUUUGACCAUAUCUCCAAGCUACUAGAGAAAGGAAAACAGAGUAGAACUCCUAUAUGCGAAGGUGGGGAUUCCUUGAGGUGAAAAUCGAAUAGGAGAAGCAAAUAAUUAGUUCUAAGGUUU